AUGUCUCUGCAAAAGUUUAUACAGAAUAACUGUUUAAUCUUACAGUUGAGAUUGAGCUAUAAAAGUAUAACACCCCUCAAUGAAACAAAUUUGCAGCAUGCUAUUACUGCAAACCUGCAGGAACUAGGAAAUGUUCUCUAUUUGUCUUCAAAUGCAGAUCGCUGGGGCAAAACCCUCAAAAGGAGUCAACCUAGUAUGGAUCUUAUAUUAUCAAGUUCAAACGUCUCUUUGCUUGCGCUAGUGUUAUUUAACUUGCGAGGUUUUGUGAACGACGGCCAUGUCAAAUCCAUUCACGCAAAUGAUAUAAAUUCAAUGUUCAUUGCUCCAAACACUACUAAGCUGGAAAGCGUGUAUGACCGCUUGGCGAACAAGUGGGCUACUAUAGACCAAAGACGAAAAUCUAAGUCAAAAGAAGUUGAUCCCUACAUAACUUUAAAUCCCUGGAUAUUCCAAAAUGAACCAAAUAACUUUGCCCAAACUGUGACAGGGAAAAUUGUUCCACUCUCAACCGAAAACUUAAAGAGCAAAUUGUAUGGCGCCCAUGAAUUUCAUGGCAGCCGAUUUUUCGAUUUCGAUCGGCAUUUGGGAAUUCCUUCAGUCAAUGGACAGUAUGUCAACAAAACUGUAAGCACACAUCAUGAGUCUUUAAAAGACCAUUCUAGUUUCAUAAAACUGAAGCCAGUGUUGUAUCCUGACUUUGAGUCUCUUCCUUUGACGCUUAAGCACUGGCUGGAUGGUAUCACCGAGGAGAACCUCAGUUCGUGGAAAAAGGAAGAGGCAAGUAGACUUGGAUUUCUUUUAAAUGGGUUCAAAGGAUUUUAA